AUGCAGUGCGUCAACGCAAAUCGCGUUAACGUCGACAUUCACCGUGAGAUGGGUUCUGCCGAAUUUUCCUUCUUCCACAGUGGUGGAGAGAGCAUGGAACGGGAGCUACCAAUAGCUACUAUGAGCUAAACACAGCCAGGAGAGCCCGGCAACCAUAUGCAGGACAUCAUCCAAAGAGACAUCGCGCUGCUGGCGUCCAAAUGGACGGGCAGGGGCGGCGUCAAAGCUAGAUUGCCUCGCCGAGGCCAGCUGCCUGAUACGCCAUACUCUCAUAGUUUCUCUCUUCAUCACUUCGAAUAGCCGAUUGGAUACCCUUGGCGUGACGUCAGUGCCACGUGCACGAAUAACAAGGUGGCUGGAUGAAAUUUCACCGAGAAGACCCAACGCCGACCGCGUUCAGACCCACAGAAGAGGAGGAGGAAGAAAAGCCGCGUGGGCUUACGGUGCCGCUUGCUUUUCGCUUUCUUACCACUGAGUUUUCUGUGCAUGCGAACCGCGUUACAGCCCCGCAUCGGAGCCAUCCAUCGAAACAUGUCACCUGUUGAAUAGUUCGGUCACGUGCAACGUGGAUGCGAAGAAGACACCGCACUUUCCAAAGCUGGUCACACAGGUUCCAGCCGGACCUGGAGCUUGUUAAAGCCACCGUGACGCGCGCACGGGGUACAGUACCCGGGGACCACUCCAGGUCUGCACGCCAACACGAUGUCUUCCUGCGCGAGCACACUCCGCCGUCCCGACGCGACAACUCGUCGCGCGUUGUCUCGUCCGAGAAGGCGACGUUUUCGGGGGUUCGUCGCUCGAGCCAGGACGAGGAAGUGAACCUGAAGUUCUGCGCAAGAAACAAGAGUGUCACUCGAUGCUCGUGCCACUAAUAAAGUUCAAAGGAACGUG